GGAUCGGCAGCUCCAUCUGCAUGCAGAGAUGAAACCUGCAGCAAACGCGCACUCACCCAUCAUCCAAUUCCACCGAACGCAGCAGUGAGUGAGUGAGUGCAACGCUCAUCAGCGCGCUGACUGGCUGCGCUCUCCUUUGCGCUUCAGUCGUCCUGCUAGAACAGAUUUGGCAUUUGCUCGGGUCGUUGAUUCAGCGCCAGUAGGCUACUUUUGGAUACAUCAGUUACUCAAAACGAUCUACAAAUGAUUUACACAAUUGUAAUUGCUAUCUGAGGGUAUUUUAAAGAAAAAAUUGAAUAUAUACUGUAGCCUAUUGCCUAUUUGACAUAUUACACAUAACUGUUAGAUAUGUGGUGAUGACCGUUACCACUUUGGUGCACAAGAUACCACUGUACGUAAUGGGAGGACAGGUGGAUGAUACUUUAAUAAGUGGAAGCCACGGGGCAGAAUGCUGUCUUCCCAUGGAUUUUCACUGAUGCCCAGAAGUGGAAGUCGGAAUACUCUUGGCUGAAAUAACACCUUGUCAAAAUGGAUCUAAUGUGGCGUAAAUAUUUCACAAUAUAAGGUGGGAUGUGAGAUUAGUGUCUUCAACCCUGAAACAGACCCAACCCAGCCCUCCUCUGUCAGUAUGGAUCCCUGGCCUCUCCUUCCGUCGCCCCCCAACCUCUCCCUCCCCGAGCCCCUGUACUACGACAGCUACUUCCCAGGGAACGAGUCUGACCUGGGGUCCCGGAAUGACACACCGGACGAGACCCACCAGGCCUUCGAUAAGACCAGCUCCGUAGUCAUCACCUUCAUCUACUUCACAGUGUGCGCCGUGGGGCUGACCGGCAACACCUUGGUGAUCUAUGUUAUCCUGCGCUACGCCAAGAUGAAGACGGUGACUAACAUCUAUAUCCUGAACCUGGCUGUUGCUGACGUCCUCUGUAUGCUGAGUUUACCGUUCAUCGCCAUGCAGCUGGCCCUGGUCCACUGGCCCUUCGGCGCCGUACUCUGCCGCCUGGUCAUGACUGUGGACUCCCUCAACCAGUUCACCUCCAUCUUCUGCCUCACGGUCAUGAGCGUCGACCGCUACCUGGCCGUGGUCCACCCCAUAAAGUCCACCAAGUGGCGGAAGCCACGCGUGGCUAAGAUCAUCAACCUGACCGUGUGGGGAGUGUCCCUGCUGGUCAACCUGCCAAUCAUGAUCUUCAGCGGUCUGAUGCCCAAUAAUAACCAGGCUUGGGCGUGUACCAUUGUGUGGCCGGAGCCUCAGGGGGCCUAUCAGACGGCCUUCAUGUUCUACACCUUCCUCCUAGGUUUCUUCCUACCGCUCAUCGUCAUCUGCCUCUGUUACCUGCUCAUCAUCAUCAAGGUAAAGUCGUCAGGCAUGCGCGUGGGCUCCACUAAGCGUAAGCGUUCGGAGAGGAAGGUGACCAGGAUGGUGUCCAUCGUAGUGGCCAUGUUCGUGCUCUGCUGGCUGCCCUUCUACGUGUUCAACGUCACCUCGGUGACUGGCACCAUCGACACCACGCCCGUCCUCAAGAGCACCUUCGAGUUUGUGGUGGUGCUGGGCUACGCCAACAGCUGUGCCAACCCCAUCCUGUACGCGUUCCUGUCAGACAACUUCAAGAAGAGCUUUCAGAACGUUCUGUGCUUGAAGAAGGUGGCGGGCCUGGAUGAGGCGGAGCGCAGCGACAGCCGAAUGGAGCGGACGCGCAUGGUCAACGACGUCACCGCGGAAAUGCACAACGCCGCGCUGCUCAAUGGCGAGCUGCAGACCAGCAUCUGAGUGUGUGUGUGGGCUGCUUGUGUGUCUCCUUGAGCAGAUGGACGGUGUGGAGCAGUUAGGACUGCUCAUAUUAAAGGCACUCUUCUAUAUUCUGCUGUACAGCGGCCCAAACACCAAGGGGAUUCAGGCUUUCCCAAACUCGCCCCCCCGGGUGCAUCUUUUGGUUUUUGCCCCUAGGACUACACAGCUGACUCAAAUAACCAACUCAUCAUUAAUCUUUAGUUAUUUGAAUCACCUGUGUAGUGGGGGGGGGGGGCAGAGCGUGCACCCAGGCGGGGCCCCGGAACCGAGAUUGGGAAACCCUGCAUUAGAACACAUCUGCUAAGAUCCUUCUCAGAAAAGCAAAGAAAGAGAUUGAAUGGAGGAAGAUGAAAAACAGGUCUCUCAUGUUUCAUUGACAGGGAUUGAUUCAUACUGUCUUGAUCAGGAUAUGAGAAAGCACUUUUGAUAACGCAUCUUAUUUAUUGAUCAGGAAAGAUGUUACUCACCAAGCCAGAUGUCCUCUGACUGAAGCUGGAGACUUGAGUUUUGCAUCCAGGAUCAUUGAUCAUUGAUUCUCCAACUUCAAACGAUCUUGAUGUUGUACAUAGACAUGGUUUUCUGUGAUGUGUUUUUGAUCUCCUUGUAAACCCCAGUUUAGCUUAGAUCACACCCCAUGUUAACUUCCCCUUGUUACUACCAUUCGUCUGUAGAAAGUUAUCAAGAUCAUUACUCUGAUUUAUAUUUGGCUCAACCUUUAGAUGCUAGCACGGCCAAGCACACACACACACUCACACAUUCACGGUCUCCGAGAUGGGCUGUUCAUAUACUGUGUACAGUUUAUUAUCUGGUAUGACAUUUUCUCUUCUGCUGUCAGCACUAGUUGGCUUAAAGGCGAUAUGCUCCUAGCAUAACCAAGCUGUCGUGGUGCCAAUCUUGUUGAUACUCAACAGGAGGAGUUGUAUUUCAGCAUCAGUUCUAUGCUGUCAGAGUGACGCUGAUGAUUUCUGAAUGAACAGUAUUGCAUCACUGAGAGAGCUACAGCUGCAAUCUAUUGGUUGGUAGAGAGAUGGGUGCAUUUCACCACCACAGUCCAAGGGCAAUGUUAUCUCUCUAAAUGUGUACAGAUGGGGAAUCCAUGGUUCUGUGUACUUGCCUGCCUUCCUCUGUGUGUGUGUAUAUGUGUGUGUGUGUUCCCUGGAAGGCCUCACCAUGUUAGGGUGUGUGAGCCACUAUUUUCACAGCCCAUUAAAGGAAAGAUUCACCCA